AUGCUUUAUUUGGCACAACGUUAUCAAACUAUGAUACUAGCCGUUGUUGCAUCCAGCUUCUCAGCUUCUAUCGUUUUUACUUUUUAUAAAGUAUUGACUUUUAAUUUACCACCAACUCUGAUGCUGACUGCCGAGUCGAUAUCGUAA